CCUUCCAUCAGCUCGUCGGACCACAUCACGCUGCCCAGUGAUCACCACAGCCUGCCCCUCACCCUGCAGUGCAACUUAACUGCAGCCCAAGGUGCCCACAUCGAGAGCUUCUGGAUGAAGAAUGGGGAGGAGAUCGAAGAGACCCGCGGAGAGAGAGCCAACACUGAGUACUAGUAGGUCCCUAUCUAUAACCCAUAACCCUAACCUUAACUCUAACUCUAACCUAACUUACCUUAACCACUAAACCCUACCUCUAAAAACCUUAACCUAACUUAACUCUACCUUAACCCUAACUCGAACCUUAACCCUAACCUUAACUCUACCCCUUACCUACCCUACCUUAACCACUAACCUUAACUCGAACCUGACCCUAACCCUAUCCUUAACUCUAACCCUAACCCCUAACCCUAACCUUAACCCUACCUACCCUAACCUUAACUCUAACCCUAACCUUAACCCUAACCUUAACCCUAACUCUAACGCUUACUCUAACUCGAAAACCUAACCCUACUCUACCUUAACUCUAACUCUAACCUUACCCUAACUCUAACCUUAACCUAUCCCUACCCUAACUCUAACCCUAAACCAACCUAACCCAACUCGAACUACUAACCAACCGUAACCCUAACCUAACCCAACCUUAACCUAACGCAACCCUAACCCUAAACCUUAACCUAACCGUAACCCUAACCGGCAACCUAACCUAACCUUAACUCAACGCUAACCUAACCCAACCUUAACCAACACCUACAACCGAACCGUAACCCAACUCUAACGCUAACCUAACCUUAACCCAACCGAACCGUAACCUAACCCUAACCUAACCUGAACCUAACCUAACCCGAACCCUGACCUUACCUUAACUCUAACCUAACCUAACCCAACCCUAACCCUAACCCUACCUAACCUAACCGAACCUAACCCUAACCUAACCCUUACACUAACCUAACCUAACCCUAACCCUAACCGAAAACCUUAACCUUAACACCCUAACCCUAACCCUUAACCUGUAACUCUAACCUUAAACCUAACCAACUAACCUAACCCUUACCUACUCUAACCUGAAACCCAACCCUAACCCUAACCCUUACCUUAACUCUAACCUUAACCCUAACCCUAACUCUAACCUUAACCUUAACCCUAACCCUAACCCUAACCCUUACCUUAACUCUAACCUUAAUCCUAACCCUAACCCUAACCCUUACCUUAACUCUAACCUUAACCCUAACCCUAACCCUAACCCUUACCUUAACUCUAACCUUAACCCUAACCCUAACUCUAACCUUAACCUUAACCCUAACCCUAACCCUAACCCUAACCCUUACCUUAACUCUAACCUUAAUCCUAACCCUAACCCUUACCUUAACUCUAACCUUAACCCUAACCCUAACCCUAACCCUUACCUUAACUCUAACCUUAACCCUAACCCUAACUCUAACCUUAACCUUAACCCUAACCCUAACCCUAACCCUUACCUUAACUCUAACCUUAAUCCUAACCCUAACCCUAACCCUUAUCUAAUCAGAACGGACAAAGACACCCUUCACAACUACCACACCCAGGCAGAUAGACAGGACAACCUCACUUGUAUAGAGAGACAAGCCAUAAAAGAACUUAUAAACAACCCUCACAUAAUAUUGAAACCAGCAGAUAAGGGAUCAAAAACAGUGAUCCUAGACAAACAUCAAUACACAUAUGAGGCAAACAGACAGUUAUCCAACACCAAGUACUAUGUACCUAUAGAAGACAGCCUACAACCACAGACUCAGACUAAGCUACGCCGAAUCAUACAAACACUUUAUGAUAAACGGUACAUCAAUAAGAAACAACGAGACUUUCUAUUUGGACCAGACACCCCACGACCCAGACUGUUUUACCUACUUUGUAAAAUUCACAAAGAACCAGACACCUGGACAAUUCCCCAUGAAGUUCCUCCUGGCAGGCCCAUCGUAUCAGACUGCAAUAGUGAAUCGUACAACAUAGCUCAAUAUAUUGACCAUCAUAUCAACCCUCUCUCCACUAGACACCCCAGCUACCUCAGAGACACUUACCACUUCCUUGAGAAGAUUAAACCCAUAGUUGUUCCCUCCCAAACAUACAUAUUCACUAUAGACAUUGAUAGCUUAUAUACCAACAUAAAUACAGCAACAGGAAUACAGACGGUUAGAAAUCUACUCCAUGCACACCCAGAUAGGAAUAGACCAGACAAUGAAUUACUACAAUUAUUAGAAAUUAGUCUCACACACAACGAUUUUAUAUUCAAUGAUAGGCACUACUUGCAGGUGGAGGGAACGGCUAUGGGGAAGAAAUUUGCCCCUGCAUAUGCAAACAUCUACAUGGCUGAAUGGGAGAGAGAGGCAUUGGCCAAGUGCCCACAUCAACCCACAUUUUAUUACAGAUUUCUAGACGACAUCAUAGGAGCCUGGCCUCAUGACAUCCAACUAUUCACUGAAUUCAUCAGCAUUCUCAACAGUCAUCACCCGUCCAUUAAGGUUAAAUACACAAUAGAUCCAUGUGAAGUAAAUUUCUUGGAUACCACAGUAUUCUUUAAUCAGAUAAAUCAAUCCCAAAAAACAUUACUCACUAAAGUUUAUUUCAAACCAACAGAUACACAUGCUCUACUCCAUAAACAGAGUUAUCAUCCCAAACAUACAUUUAAAGGCAUCGUCAAAUCCCAAAUUAUACGGUUCCAUAGGAUAUCCUCCUGUAAAAAGGAUCUGGACACAGCAAUUCAAACACUAUUUCAUGCACUUAGACAAAGAGGCUACUCAAAACGAUACCUCAGAACCAUAAAAACCAGUACCUUGGCGGCCCUCUCUCCCAUUCAGCUAACACACCCACAAAACACAAGUCUGUCAAUCACUCUUUCUGACCACAACUCUCAUUACACAGGUUCUGGAGGCACUUCCAAAUCCCCCCCUUCCCCUGACCUUAACCCUGACCCUAACUUUAACCCUUACCCUAACCCGGGUUCGUAUCCUGCUCCCGCCCCUGACCCUUACCCUAACCCGGGGUCGUAUCCUGUUCCAACUCCUUACCCCACCCCCAACCCUAACCCCAACCCUAACCCUAACCCUAACCCUACCCCCAACCCUAUACCUAACCCUACUCCUAACCCUAACCCUAACCUUAACCCUUACCCUAACCUGGGUUCGUAUCCUGUUCCCACCCCUAACCCUACUCCUAACCCUAACCCUGACCCUAACCUUAACCCUUACCCUAACCCGGGUUCGUAUUCUGUUCCAACUCCUAACCCUACCCCCAACCCUACUCCUAACCCUAACCCUACCCCCAACCCUACUCCUAAACCUAACCCUAACCCUACUCCUAACCCUAAACCUACCCCCAACCCUACUCCUAACCCUAACCCUGACCCUGACCCUAACCUUAACCCUUACCCUAACCCGGGUUCGUAUCCUGUUCCCACCCCUAACCCUACUCCUAACCCUAACCCCACCAAAACCCCCCCCUCUCAGAAUCACAACCUUCUCUCCUCCUCUGAUUCCUCUUCCAAUCAGCAGACAAUCCUUAUCCCCUUAGUCACUACAUUCUCACAUAGGAUCAGACCGCUACAUCAGGCAUUCAAGCAUAAUUUUCUCAUUACUCAACAGGCAUACACACCCUUCCAGCCAUAUAGAAUUAUCUCAGCAUUCAGAAGGAAUAAGAGUCUCAAAGACGUCCUAAUCAAAGCAAAAUACAGCACUAAGCCCCCACAACCACCCAAACCUCACACGGCCCACUUCAAACCAAGAAAAUUCAUUUCAAAUCCACACAGCAAGACCUCCACUCCAGUUCUAGACUCUAUCUCACUCAACACUCCAAAUGUCAUUUAUAUAAUUACCUGUACAUUAUGCAAAAAACACUACAUCGGGGAAACUCAGUAUACAAUAGAAACUAGACUUAAACAACAUCUAUACAACAUCAAACGGGCCCAUCUACACACAGAACUAGUCACUCAUUUCCAGGAUCACCCCAUCACUUACCUCAAUAUAUCCGGCUUACAGUCAUGUUCUGGGUGGACCAGUGGGCGGCGAAAAGCAGUGGAACGUGGGUGGAUAGGAGAUCUUCAAACAAUUACACCCAUCGGUCUGAAUGAGCGUUUUUAACCAGUUAGAUGGGAUCAAUCGAAAGGGAUAGCACUUGUUUACAGGGAUCUCAAGGAGGUGAAAGAAGGAUACACUAUUUAAACAAAAAAUAAAGUUUAAGUGGUUUUGUCUAAUAUUUAAUAUUUGCAUGCUUAUCUUAAAUAGUUUUAUUCCUUCCUUUUUUAGGUAUUUGAUUUUGUUUUGACAUUUUAGCACUUUAUCUCUUAGCACUUUGUCUUCUAGCGCUUAUAUAUGUGGAUAUAAUUGUGUUUGUAUAUGUAUUAUUAAAGCAUCUAUCCCCUGAUCCCUUGUAUAUUUUAAUAUCUCAGUCCCUUCAUGGUCCUAGAUAACCACUCAGACUAUCAUUUAGAAACAAUAAUAACCUACUUACUUUUGGUAAGUUUGGAGGGGGUAAUCUAGAUAAUUUUAACAGUUGAAUGGUUUAUAGCAUUAUAUUGGAGGGGCACACAACAAUAGGCCUGCGCACCACAAGACAAACCAGUCUCUUUUUAACCCUACCCUAAUUCAAAACCUAACCCUUACCUUAACUCUAACCUUAACCCUAACCCUAACCCUAACCCUUACCUUAACUCUAACCUUAACCCUAACCCUAACUCUAACCUUAACCUUAACCCUAACCCUAACCCUAACCCUUACCUUAACUCUAACCUUAAUCCUAACCCUAACCCUAACCCUAACUCUAACCUUAACCUUAACCCUAACCUUAACCCUAACCUUAACCCUAACUCUAACCUUAAUCCUAACCUUAACUCUAACCUUAAUCCUAACCCUAACCCUAACCCUACUCUAACCUUAACUUUCCAUAUUAGAUCUUAUUGGGUGUGAUAUUCAAGGGUUUUCUCUUUCAUAUAGAGAGGGGUGAGAACAAUUUAACUGUAGAACAACAACAGGCUUUAAAAAAGCUGAGACAUAAUCAAGAUAUAGUUAUUAAACUUGCAGACAAGGGAUUUAAAAUAGUGAUAAUGGAUCAAACUUCGACACCUCAUAGAGGCUAAUAGACAAUUGAAAAACCCUAAGCAUUCUCAGUCUCUACAAUUGGAAACUCAAAGUAUGAGUGUGUAAAGAGUUGUAUAUGAUUGAGUGUGUAAAGUGUUGUAUAUGAUUGAGUGUGUAAAGUGUUGUAUAUGAUUGAAAGUGUAAAGUGUUGUAUAUGAUUUAGUGUGUAAAGUGUUGUAUAUGAUUGAGUGUGUAAAGUGUUGUAUAUGAUUGAGUGUGUAAAGUGUUGUAUAUGAUUGAGUUGGUAAAGUGUCCUGCAUCGGUAGAGCAGAUAAACUGACAGAGUUGUAUGUGCACUUCCGCACACAUGGUAGGGAGUUGAACAAUAGCAGGCCUUGAGUCUGGUGGUCCAAGGCCCAGAGGCUGCCCUCAGAAUGGCGGUGGAUGCAAAGGUUGGGGACCACGGUCCCUAACAGCCUCAAUGAGAUAGAAUAAACGUUUCUCGGACUACGAUGGUUUGAUAUAAUGACACUGGGGGAGUUGAUGAUGGACCCAAUACCUUCCAUUUUUUAAAUGAUUUAUUAAAACCUAUUUGGAGGGGAUGGGAGAUUGCCUUGCAGGUUUUAGGGGGGGGGGGGGGGGGGGAGCAUAAGGCACUUAUCUGUCUUCCUAUUUUCUUAUUAGAUGUAAUAAAGCACUUAUUGGUUAAUAAAGUAGAUGGGUUGGACCCUCUUGUCUCUCCCCCAGUGUAGGAACUUAAAAAUAUUUUUUGAUGAUUGAUUGGGGGCUUGGAGCACCCUUUGCAAUCCUCUCCCUGAACUUCCCCCCUCAGACCUAUUUAGUAUUGUGUUGAGGAUCCCCACAUGUCACGAGGGAGACAGGGGUUCAUUUCUCUGAUGGGGAGGAUUGAACAUAUAAGUGUUGAUUAACAUUGAAAAGAUCCUCUCUACUGUGUUGUAUUUCUGGGGGUUUCUUGAUGUUUGUUUUGUGUAAAUCCAGCCUGAAGAAGCCCCGAGGAGAGGAUGCAGGGGAGUACAUGUGUGUCUACACCUUCAAUAUGGACCUGCCUGCUAACGCCACCAUCGAGAUUAAAGGUACGACCUAUCUGUAACCCUCUGUUAACAUAACAUAGUGUUGUAUGGGGUUAGCCACACCAUCGAGAUUAAAGGUACAGUACGACUCCCACCCACCAGUGUUGAAUGGUAAUGGAUAUGAUUGAUCCUAGACUGAUGCAUCAUUCCAAGGCGCUAUGAUGACCUAAUAUGACGCCCAAGGCCACAUUUAUGUGUUAUCUUUAAACAGCACUGUCAUAUAGUCCUGGAAAUAGCGCCUUUCAUAGAGCCCCCCAGCCUACACAAGUGUCACGAUCGUCAUGGAGAGACCAAGGCGCAGCGUUGCGGGUGAAUAUAUUAUAUAUUUAUUUAAUGAUCACACGAUCAAAACAACAAACGAAAAACGUGACGUCUAUGGUUUAAACACAAACCAACACGAACAAGAAACCACAAACACAACGUGAAAGACAGACAGUUAAAUAUGGCUCCCAAUCAGAGACACCCAGCUGACACUCGUUGCCUCUGAUUGGGAGUCACUCAGACCAACAUAGAAAAAUCAAACAUAGAAUUACACACCCUGGCUCAACAUAACAUUGUCCCCAGAGCCAGGGCGUGACAGUACCCCCCCCCCCUAAAGGCGCGGACUCCGACCGCGCCAACUAAAUCCCACAGGGGAGGGACCGGGUGGGCACUCCGCCUAGACGGCGGAUCCGGCUCCGGACAUGACCCAGGCACGGGUUGUGCUGGACUGACGACGCGCACCCCUGGCUUGGUGCGUGGAGGAGGAACGGGCCUUACCAGGCUGACGACGCACACCGUAGGCUUGGUGGAGCAGGGACAGGCCGGACUGGGCUGACGAAGCACACCACUGACUUGGUGCGGGGAGCAGGAACGGGCCGAGCCGGGCUGACGAAGCGCACCACUGCCUUGGUGCGGGGAGCAGGAAUGGACCGGACCGGGCUGACGAAGCGCACCCCUGGCUUGGUGCGGGGAGCAGGAAUGGGCCGGACCGGGCUGACGACGCGCACCACUGACUUGGUGCGGGAAGCAGGAAUGGGCCGGACCGGGCUGACAACGCGCACCACUGACUUGGUGCGGGGAGCAGGAAUGGGCCGGACCGGGCUGACGACGCGCACCACUGACUUGGGGCGGGGAGCAGGAACGGGCCGCGCCGGGCUGACGAAACGCACCACUGACUUGGUGGGAGUGGCAGGAACAGGCCGGACCGUACUGGGAACACACACCACUGGCCCUACUUGAGGAUCAGGAACAGGCCGGACCGGACUGGCAACACACGCCAGUACCUCUCGCCGUGCCUCUACAACCUCCUUCCCCCUGGUGGCCAGUGACUCCCGUAACCUGGCGGCCUCCUCUGCCAACCCGCUGGACCGCUCUAUCGCGGCCUCCUGCUGCCCCGACGUCGUGAGCCCCCCCCCUAAAAAUUUUCUGGGGGUCUCUCCUCCCCGUGGGCCAGGCCUCCAUCGUUCUCGCUCCUCUGUCUCCAACUCUCACCAUUCAGCUCCUCAAUGGGCUUGACCCAGUCGAAGCUCCUCCUCAACUGGUCCCAAGUCCACCCUCUCUGCUCCUCACUAGGCUUGACCCAGUCGAGGCUGCCACGGAGAUCUGCCAGCGAUGGCUCCUGGACACGCUGCUUGGUCUGGUUUAGGUGGUUUCUUCUGUCACGAUCGUCAUGGAGAGACCAAGGCGCAGCGUUGCGGGUGAACAUAUUAUAUAUUUAUUUAAUGAUCACACGAUCAAAACAACAAACGAAAAACGUGACGUCUAUGGUUUAAACACAAACCAACACGAACAAGAAACCACAAACACAACGUGAAAGACAGACAGUUAAAUAUGGCUCCCAAUCAGAGACACCCAGCUGACACUCGUUGCCUCUGAUUGGGAGUCACUCAGACCAACAUAGAAAAAUCAAACAUAGAAUUACACACCCUGGCUCAACAUAACAUUGUCCCCAGAGCCAGGGCGUGACAACAAGACCUGGGUUCAAAUACUAUUUCAGGUAUUUCAAUUAACUUUUCAAUAUAUUUCCAAAACAAGUGUUCAAAUAACCUUUAUUUGAAAAAAACAAGUAGUACAAUAUUGGAAUGUAUUUGGAAAUACACUUGGAAAAUAUUUGAAAAUACUCAAAUACACUGACUCAAAUACACUCCCAUGCAAUGAACCCAGGUAUUUGAAAAUAUUAUUUGAAAAAAAGUAUUUAAAAAUACUUACAAAUACAAUUGGGUCAACUAUUUGGUUUUUACAAAUAACCAUUCAAAUACUCAAAUAAAAGUACUUGUUUUGGGCUGUGUAUUUGAAAAUACUCUAAAACACAGAAAAAAGUAUUUAAAUAACAAAUACUAAAAUACACAUGUAUUUGUCCCCAGGUCUGGCCUACACCACCAUUGAGUGUUGAAUGUUAGACCGUUUAUUAGGUACACCUCGUUCACGAAAAUGGAUCGCUCCUACAAACAGUGAGUCACGUGGCCGUGGCUUGCUACUGUAUAUAAAGCAGGCAGGCAGGCAUCGAGGCAUUCAGUUACUGUUCGAUUGAACGUUAGAAUGGGCGAAAGGAGUGACCUAAGCGACUUUGAGCGUAGUAUGAUCGUCAGUGCCAGGGGCGCCGGAUCCAGUAUCUCAGAAAUGGCCGCCCUCCUGACACGACAGUGUCUAGGGUUUACUGAGAAUGGUGCGACAAACAAAAAACAUCCAAUCAGCGGCAGUCCUGUGGGCGAAAACAGCUAGUUGAUGAGAGAGGUCGAAGAAAAAUGGCAAAAAUCGUGCAAGCUAACAGGCGGGCCACAAACAGACAAGUAACGGUGCAGUACAACAGUGGUGUGCAGAACGGCAUCUCGGAAUUCGUCGAUCCUUGUCACUGAUGGGCUAUUGCAGCAGACGACCUCACCGGGUUCCACUCCUAUCAGCUAAAAACAAGAAGAAGCGGCUCCAGUGGGCAUGUGACUCACCAAGUGAGUGGAAAAACAUUGCCUGGUCCGACGUAAGCUGUUGCGUCAUGCUGAUGGCAGAGUCAUGAUUUGGCGUGGCUAUAACAUGUAGUGGGCAGUAAUAUUUGAUACACUACAUUAUAUAAACAUCACAUGCGACUUGUAAUAAGACUAAGCAAUUAGCCUACUAAAAUGUUUAUCUGACUCCAUAAAGACAGUUAGCAAUAUGCAAGAGACGAUAGUCGAGUUUACAAUAGUAGGCAAUGAGGAAAUGUCUGAGAACGGAAUUCUAAAUACAAGAGUAUUUCAUUACUUAAGUUACAAGGCAUUAUUCUGAGAGAGGGAGGGAGAGAGAGAGAGAGAGAGAGACAAAGAAACCAAGGCUUGUGCCAUGGUCCAUAGCUCAUGGGGGAGAGAGAGAAAGAGUGUAGGUAUCUCACCACAGCAAGUCUGGAACAUAAGAUAAAUCAUCUUUAAUCUAAGGCCCUUUUAUAAGCAUCUGAGUUGUUUGGAUUCAGAAUCUGAGUUGUUGACCAAUAGCAUUACUGUAAAGGUAACAUCUAUAGAUCUAUACACAGUACAGGAAAUGGGCUGGAUCGCCCCACAUCUAUAGAUCUAUACACAGUACAGGAAAUGGGCUGGGUCGCCCCACAUCUAAAGAUCUAUACACAGUACAGGAAAUGGACUGGGUUCCCCUACAUCUAUAGAUCUAUACACAGUAUAGGAUUCUUUUAUUUUUUUUAUUUUAUUUAACCUUUAUUUAACUAGGCAAGUCAGUUAAGAACAAAUUCUUAUUUACAAUGACGGCCUACACCGCCAAACCUGGACGACACUGGGCCAAUUGUGCGCCGCCCUAUGGGACUCCCAAUCACGGCCGGUUGUGAUACAACCUGGAAUCGAACCAGGGGGUCUGUAGUGACGCCUCAAGCACUGAGAUGCAGUGCCCUAGACCGCUGUGCCACUCGGGAGCCCUACAUCUAUAGGUCUAUAUACAGUAUGGGAAAUGGGCUGGGUCACCCCACAUCUAUAGGUCUAUAUACAGUAUGGGAAAUGGGCUGGGUCACCCCACAUCUAUAGGUCUAUACACAGUACAGGAAAUGGGCUGGGUCACCCCACAUCUAUACGUCUUUAUUAUGUGAUAACAUGGUAUUAGUACUAAAACGUAUCAUUGCCUUCCUUUUUUUUUUAAAUGUCCUUUGUUCUCAUUGGUCGUUUCCCCUCAUUCCAGCUGGUCCUGACAUCAUAGGCCACAAGCGUAGUGACAAUAAGAAUGAGGGUCAGAAAGCCCUGCUGUACUGUAAGGCCACGGGAUACCCUUACCCUAUCUGGACCUGGCGCAAACUGGACAACGGGUUCUACAUGGUACGUUCUUCUUCUUCUUCUUCUUCUUCUUCUUCUUCUUCUUCUUCUUCUUCUUCUUCUUCUUCUUCUUCUUCUUCUUCUUCUUCUUCUUCUUCUUCUUCUUCUUCUUCCCAUGACCAUCAUUCCUCAUGGCACAACCAUAAUCACAUCUCUCUCCCCCUCCCUCUCCCCACAGGACAUCAACAACUCCUCCGGUCGUUUCUUCAUUAACAACAAAGACAACUACACUGAGCUGAGCAUCAUCAACCUGGACAUCGGCUCCGACCCAGGGGAGUACCAGUGUAACGCCACCAACAUAUUCGGAACCUCGUCCAUCGUGUCUGUGCUGCGGGUCCGGAGCUACCUGGCCUGGCUUUGGCCUCUGCUGGGCGUCCUGGCCGAGGUCAUCAUCCUGGUCAUCAUCAUCGUGGUCUACGAGAAACGCAAGAAGCCAGACGACAUUCAAGAUGGUGAGUCGGAGUCAGAGCAUAUCAGCCAUGGCGGCCAUUUUGGUUUUCUGGUUUGUGGUUCGUUCUCCUCAUUUCAAUGUUGUUUUUGUUGUUGUUUGUGGUCUAAUAUAGUUUGCAGAUGGAGGAGAAAAACAAUAAUCAACGUUAUUCAAUACUGCAGAAUACUUCAGCGAAUGAGUUAAUACUCAAUUCCAUAAUCAUAGUUAUCUCUGUAUAUGGAGGAAUCCUUGCCAAACAGCUGUUGACCUAACAACCAGUGAUGUAGUGGAGGGUUAACUCAAGUACUCUCAGUUUACCCUUCUAUUAACCCACAGUGUUCAGGGUUUACCCUCCUAUUUACCCACGGUGUUCAGGGUUUACCUUCCUAUUAACCCACAGUGUUCAGGGUUUACCCUCCUAUUUACCCACGGUGUUCAGGGUUUACCCUCCUAUUAACUCACAGUGUUCAGGAUUUACCCUCCUAUUUACCCAUGGUGUUCAGGGUUUACCUUCCUAUUAACUCACAGUGUUCAGGUUUUACCCUCCUAUUAACCCACAGUGUUCAGCGUUUACCCUCCUAUUAACCCACGGUGUUCAGCGUUUACCCUCCUAUUAACCCACGGUGUUCAGCGUUUACCCACCAAAUUGUUACCACUACAUCCUUGCUAACAACGUCCCAGCAGGCCUAAUCAAAUUACCCAUGAAUAUUCAAUCUGUUAGAUUGUCCUGACAAGGUGUGUCCUACAGCAACAGUGGUAUGUGUGCGUGUGUGUUGGGUGAAGCUACUCAGACUGAAUUAUUGAGUGCAAGGUGUAGCCAGUAUAGUGUCAGGUAACGACAGAGCAGAUGUCUACUGCCCUACAAAGGCUGCCCUACAAAGGCUGCCCUACAAAGGCUGCCCUACAAAGGCAAAACGCAGUAACUGCGUAAUUUUCUUAAACUGCAAAAUCUGACUUCAAAGUAUUUUUGGGUCUAGACCGACUGCAAUUUCUGAUACUCCAUGAUAUAUUCUGAUCAACUGGCUUGUUCUUGUGUCAGGAAACUAAAUACCACAUUAAUCAGAUAAUAUACCUGGCCAUACCUGAUUUUUGACCAAAUUCAUAGUUACUGCCUUUUUGUAGGGCAGUACUGUGAAGGUCACACACACACACACACACACACACACACACACACACACACACACACACACACACACACACACACACACACACACACACACACAGUACACCUUAGUGAAUAUAUAUUAGCAGUGCUAAAACAAGUUUAGAAUAUACAAUUAGGGUACUACUGUGUAAUAUCUUCCCCCCUCUUUCCCAAAUUGCUUAACCCAACCUAUGUUUGGUAAGUGAGAGACUCUGCAUGCCUCCUGAGUUUCAAUCAGCGUCUAAGCUUAUGUCCAAACCAUCCAUGCUAGCCUGGUCCCAGAUUGGUUUGUGCUAUGUAGCUUACUUCUGUGGUUGUUGUCAUGCCAAACAAUGACCAUAGGAGUUGGCAAGACAGUACAAACAGAUCUGAUCCCAGGCUACAUCCACACAACAUUCUGUACAUGCAUCUAUCCCCAGUGGGCAAGAUUUGGCACGUGAUGUGAAACGGACAUCAUUUUCUGGUUUUAAACUGAUUUUCUGGUUGAGAGGAUGUCAUAUUACUAGAUUACAAUCAAACAGUGUCUGUAAAGAUGUUUUUGUUUCAUGACGGCAUCAAGACGUCAUCAAGAUGUCAUAUUUUGGUUGUUAUCUGGUCAUAUAACCAGUUUUGCUAACUGGGUUUUCUUUAGAACCUUAAAAUAGAAUUCAUCUUACCUUGCUGCUUAGGCUCCUUCUCAAUGGAAGUUCACAGUCAGACAGCUUGUAUUAAACAAAAAAAAAAAGUAUAUCGUGCCAGGGUCACCUUCAAGGUCACCUUCAAGGUCACCUUCAAGUUCACCUUCAGGGUCACCUUCAAGGGCAUCUUCAGUUUUCAAUGGAUUGUAUUCCCUAUUUUAUGCUAGUAGCAUAAUAUACUUUUGUAAGGAGUCAAUUAAUAUAAUAUAAUAUAUGCCAUUAAGCAGAAGCGUUUAUCAAAAGCGGCUUACAGUCCUGCGUGCAUACAUUUUUUGUAUGGGUGGCCCCAGCAGGAAUUGAACCCAUGCUCCUUGGCAUUGCAAGCACCAUGCUCUACCAACUGAGGCACACAGGACUAACAUUGUUUUCUUUGUGCUGGUCAGUUUCGAUGCAGUGAGUGAAUAGACUUUUGUGCGCAGUUUGUCUGUCUAUGCAUGUAUGUUUUUAACAAAAAGGAAUUUAAACUUCUGCUUGAACUUCAUAAUCACUUUCUCAUCUCAUGUGGGUUUUGUGGCUCUUUUUGACUGCAUUUGGUGUGAUUGUGACUGUGAGUGUCCUUCCCUGUGAAGUUUAAAGAUGGCUUCCAUUCAGUAUAGGGCCUAUUCACUAAUUAACUUCUUCAACUGCCAUUCCAUCCCAUCAGCAUGGUUAGUUCAUUCACUUAUGGAAUUUAUGGAACUUCAUUUAAUUCCAAUUAUGGAAUUUAAUUUCAUCCAUUUAUGGAACUAGUGGAACUUAAUUUAAUCCAUUUAUGGAACUAGUGGAACUAAGGUAAAUUCCAAAAUGAUGGAAUUAUGUAAUACACAAAACUGUCUAUGAACAUCAUUCAACCAAGCCUCCAACCAGACAAUGUGUUAGUCAUAUUACCACUGUAACACAUUGCUUCUUUUUUAAGCAUACUGUACUUUCUACCACAAACAUUUCACCACCAGCAUGCACCAUUUUCUUCCUGUCAUUUUAUCAGAAUAUAUUUUCUGAUGAUAAUCUAAAACAAAGGCUUUUUUUGUGUCUUCAUUUUCUCCCAUGUUUUUAUGCAUCAGAUGACGAACCAGCCGGACCAAUGUAAGUGCAUCCAUGUUACAAUCAUUUCCUGAUUUAGGAGUCUAUUUAUGGUGCUGUAGUAUUUUCGUGUUGUAGCUGUUUCUGUAAACUGCUGUACACCAUAGUUGGGCUCAAUUCUAUUUAAAUUCAGAAAGUAAACUGAAAUAUAAUCUUAAUUAAUUCCUAAUUGAACCCUGGUGUAAAUUGCCUCUAAGUCAUGCAUACGUUGUAUUCUACAAACCUUUUUUUAAUGAUAAGUAGACGUAACGUUUUUGACCAAUGACCAGCAAUCAGGUGUAUUAUCAGUGUAUUGGCUUUGUUUUGAUGGUAACCUAACUGGGUCUGUGUGCAUCCUAUCACAGGAAAACGAACUCCACCAACAACCACAAAGACAAGAACCUUCGUCAGAGGAACACAAACUGAGCAGAUUGACGUCUCAUUAUUAGUGAGUAUUUAUCCUCUCUGGAGUCAGCGCCAGUAGUUGUCUGGUCAAUACCAAGAGAAAGAAAUGAGCUGGCAACCAUUUUGUUUUCCCAAGUUCAUGUUGUUUACUUCAUCAUGUAGCCAGGCUGCGAUAGCAAUAACCUGUCAAUCACCACAGAUAGUCAAUCACAUGUUGUGCAGGAAAUCAGUAUUGCAAAAAAAGGUUAGCCUACUUUAUCAGUAACUUGUAAUCAUAUAUCUUCCUGUCAAUGCGACAGACAGACAGACAGACAGACAGACGGUCAGACAGACAGACAGACGGUCAGACAGACAGACGGUCAGACAGACAGACAGACAGACAGACAGACAGACAGACGGUCAGACAGACAGACAGACAGACAGACAGACAGACAGAUGUUGUGAUGUGUAACUAUCAGAGUUGGGGUCCCAACCCAUUUCGAUAAAUCCGCAAAGUAAAGUAAAUUGACUGAAUUGAAAUGGAAUUCGUCCCCAACCCUGGUGCCAAUACAAACAAAGCAACUUGACUUGCACAAUAGAACACACUAAUAACAUGCUUCCACUUUUUCUUUCCACAGAUAAUAACAUAUUCUACAUGUAUGUAUUGACCAUAUGAAGGUAACCAGGAGAGGGAUCCAUAGCAGUGUGUUAAUAAGAGUGAUGAUAUCUGCCAUUAAAGUAUGUAGAGGGGGAGGAGGAGCUACGAGGCAUGCCUUCUGAUUUCAUUAUCUAUCUAUCGUGUGAUGAGGGUGAAGAAUGUGAUCAAUGAAUGUGAUCCCAUAACAUUAUGAAUGGUUUAUGAAGUGUCUAUGAAGCAUUAUAACCAUUGUUGCUGCAUGCAGUUAUUGAUUGUUGCUGUUUAUUUAUUUAUGUAUUAUUUAUUCUUAUCAGAUUCCAUUUCUACUAAUUCUGAAGUAAUGCGUGCAAUGUUCUGUUUGGCGCAGACAUUACAUAUUUUUUUGCUCUCUGUCUCAAAUGGCACCCUAU